CAAAGCUGUAGUGUUCCCAAGGUUGUGCUUCAUUCCCUCUACACCCUAAUGCUUCACCUCGCCUUCACCGUACCCUCCUCAGUUCUGCUAUAUCAUUCCUUCUCAUAGUAUUCCAAGUCUCCGACUCAUUGCUGGCGGCAGGCAGGACAGUAGUUAGGACCUAGCCAGGAGAAGGGGGGCUCCCCUUGCCAAGUCAGUAGCAGCUGGUCCUGCUUGCUCUUCUGUUAGAGCUUCUUCCAUGGUCUAAACCUGUUCAAACAGCUUCACUAGCGUUCCCCUAUUACUCUCAUCCCUCGCCUUGGAGCUACACGUGGAUGUGACAAGAGGAGCAGGUUGUAGGACUGUGGUGACAUCAUACCAACUUCAAGGAUGGAGGAUGAAGCAGUUCUGGACAGAGGGGCUUCAUUCGUGAAGCAUGUCUGUGAUGCAGAGGAGGUGGAAGGUCAUCACACUGUCUACAUUGGAGUUCAUGUUCCUAAGAGCUAUCGGAGGAGGAGACGUCAUAGACGCAGAACCAGCCACAAAGACAAAAAAGAGAAGGAUAAAUCAGAAAAUUAUUCAGAUGUCGAAAAAUCUGAUACAGAAAAUGCCGAUGACCACAGCUCUAACAUCCUUAAACCCCUAAUCUCCCCAGCUGCAGAACGCAUUCGCUUUAUCUUGGGAGAAGAUGAUGAUGGCCCAGCUCCUCCACAGCUCUUCACUGAGCUUGAUGAACUUUUAUCUGUUGAUGGACAUGAUAUGGAAUGGAAGGAAACAGCCAGAUGGAUAAAGUUUGAAGAAAAAGUGGAGCAGGGUGGAGAAAGGUGGAGUAAGCCUCAUGUUGCCACACUUUCCUUGCACAGCCUGUUUGAACUGAGAACAUGUAUUGAAAAAGGGACAAUACUACUUGACCUAGAAGCCAAUUCACUCCCACAAGUAGUUGAAAAAAUCCUUGAUAACCAGAUUGAGACAGGACUAUUGAAACCAGAGAUGAAGGAAAAGAUCACCUACACUCUUCUCAGGAAGCAUCGACACCAGACAAAGAAAUCCAACUUGCGUUCCUUGGCUGACAUAGGGAAAACAGUCUCCAGUGCAAGUCGAAUGUUUGCCAAUCCGGACAAUGGCAGCCCAACAAUGACACACCGAAACAUGACAUCUUCUAGUCUGAAUGACAUUUCAGAUAAGCCUGACAAAGAUCAACUAAAGAACAAAUUCAUGAAGAAGCUGCCAAGAGAUGCUGAAGCCUCCAAUGUCCUUGUUGGAGAAGUUGACUUCUUGGAGAAUCCAUUCAUUGCAUUUGUCCGACUAAAGGAUGCAGUCAUGUUUGGAGCCCUCACAGAGGUUCCUGUGCCCACAAGAUUCCUAUUUAUUCUACUGGGACCAAAAGGAAAAGCCAAGUCAUAUCAUGAGAUUGGAAGAAGCAUAGCCACCUUAAUGUCUGAUGAGAUAUUCCAUGACAUUGCCUAUAAGGCAAAAGACAGGCAGGACCUGAUUGCUGGAAUAGACGAGUUUCUGGAUGAGGUUAUUGUGCUUCCACCUGGUGAAUGGGACCCCGACAUAAGGAUAGAACCGCCAAAGUCUCUUCCGUCUUCUGACAAGAGGAAAAACAUGUACUCAGGUGGGGAAACUGUACAGAUGAAUGGAGACGCGCCACAUGAUGAUGGUCAUGGCGGUGGAGGACAUGGUGACGCACCAGAGCUUCAGAGGACUGGACGGUUUUGUGGAGGAUUAGUUGAAGACAUCAAAAGAAAAGCACCCUUUUUUGCCAGUGACUUUUAUGAUGGAUUAAGUAUCCAGUCACUUUCAGCCAUGCUUUUCAUUUACUUGGGAACUGUGACCAAUGCAAUUACUUUUGGUGGACUUCUUGGAGAUGCCACUGAUAAUAUGCAGGGUGUACUGGAGAGCUUCCUUGGCACUGCAAUUUCAGGUGGUGUUUUUUGCCUUCUUGCUGGCCAACCACUAACAAUUCUGAGUAGUACGGGCCCCGUCCUUGUGUUUGAGAGGUUGUUAUUCAAUUUCAGCAAAGAUAAUGACUUUGAUUACUUGGAGUUCCGCUUGUGGAUUGGCCUGUGGUCAGCUUUCUUAUGCCUCAUCCUAGUGGCCACAGAUGCUAGCUCACUUGUCAAGUACUUCACACGUUUUACAGAAGAAGGGUUUGCCUGCCUCAUCAGCUUCAUCUUCAUUUAUGAUGCUUUUAAGAAGAUGAUCGCGUUUGCAGAUUAUUACCCAAUCAACUCACAUUACAAAGUGGGUGAUGUCACCCUGUUUACUUGUGCUUGCCUUCCACCAGAACCAACCAACAGUUCACUAUUUAAUGAGACCACAGAAUUUCCAUUUAAUUUCCUUUCUACCACCCUUGCCGCACUUUCAACCACAGAAGAUCCAUUGCAGCAUUACAACGGUACAAUUGAUUGGUCCAGCCUAACGAAGAAAGAAUGUGUGAAAUACGGUGGCCAACUGGUUGGCAACAACUGCAAAUACAUCCCUGAUAUCACAUUAAUGUCCUUCAUUUUGUUCCUUGGCACGUACACAUGUUCUAUGACUCUGAAAAAAUUCAAAGUCAGCCGCUAUUUCCCAACCACAGCCAGAAAACUCAUCAGUGACUUUGCCAUCAUUUUAUCAAUUUUGAUCUUCUGUGGAAUUGAUGCCCUUGUUGGAGUUGACACACCAAAGCUUAUUGUUCCCAGUGAAUUUAAACCAACAAGUCCUCACAGAGGGUGGUUUGUGCCCCCAUUUGGAGGCAACCCUUGGUGGGUAUACCUGGCAUCAGCUCUCCCAGCUCUUCUUGUCACCAUUUUAAUCUUCAUGGACCAACAGAUUACAGGUGUCAUUGUCAACAGGAAGGAAAACAAGCUUAAGAAAGGAGCAGGGUAUCACUUGGAUCUGUUCUGGGUAGCAGUCCUUAUGAUUGUGUGUUCUUUUAUGGCUCUUCCUUGGUAUGUGGCUGCAACUGUCAUCUCCAUAGCUCACAUCGACAGCUUGAAAAUGGAAACUGAGACAUCUGCUCCUGGAGAGCAACCGAAGUUCUUAGGUGUAAGGGAACAAAGAGUAACUGGAGUUAUGGUGUUCUUACUGACCGGUUUAUCUGUUUUCAUGGCACCCAUACUGAAGUUUAUCCCUAUGCCUGUUCUGUAUGGAGUCUUCUUAUAUAUGGGAGUAGCAUCGCUCAAUGGAGUACAGUUCAUGGACCGACUGAAGCUGCUCUUGAUGCCUGCUAAACAUCAGCCAGAUUUCAUUUACUUACGCCAUGUUCCUUUACGAAGGGUGCAUCUAUUCACUUUCAUUCAAAUUCUAUGUCUGGCACUGCUAUGGAUUCUGAAAUCAACAGUUGCUGCUAUUAUAUUCCCAGUUAUGAUUCUGGCUCUUGUAGCAGUUAGGAAAGCCAUGGACUACCUCUUUUCUCAGCAUGAUCUUAGCUUCCUAGAUGAUGUGAUCCCUGAGAAAGACAAGAAGAAGAAGGAGGAUGACAAGAAAAAGAAAAAGAAGAAGGGAAGCAUAGACAGCGACAAUGAAGAUUCUGACAGCCCUUAUUCAGAAAACGUCCCCAGUAUUAAAAUCCCAAUGGACAUCAUGGAACAGGAACCAUUCCUUUCUGAUAGCAAACCUGGUGAGACAGGAGAAAAGCAAUUUACAUUCCUUGAACGACACACAUCAUGCUGAAAGACUUCCAUUUAUUCAGUCGAAUAUGCCAAGCCCACCAAGUACUCCCAUACGACUUGUGCCUCAAAUUAGGAUAGAGCUUGAGCCAGAUGAAGACACUUAUUUCUGGAAAAGCCGGGGAAUGGAGACAACAUUGUGAAAACACAAACCACCUCCUCUAUCUUUUUGGACUUUUUCUAGCCAAAAAUUAAAUCUCCUACUCUCCACUGACUUUGAUGCUUGUUAUGGUAACAUUCUCUGAAGGCUUUUGCGAGCUAUAGUGCUUCCACUGUGACCUAUUGUAUACAUCCAGGCUAGCAUACCAACCAGUCAUAUAAUAAAUGUUAUUUCUGCCUUUUUGACUGUAUAUCCCAUUACUAGACAGGAGACGAAUGUCUGGUGAACUUCUGAUAAAUGUCAUGCAGGUUUUUCUGUCUUGGUAAAGCAACUAUGCAAUAUAAUGUAGAAUGUUAGAUGAGUACAUUCUGUACAAUGAAACAACGUAUCCAGAACCAUAGUAUUAACCACAUUAAUUAUGCAUAUUGGUAUUUGCCAGAUGAUGUAUUAAUUAUAGAAAAAACUAUUGCCAUAAGGUAAAAUGCCCCAUUGGUAUGCAUCUUAUAUUUGAACACACUAUGUAUACACUAAAGAGUGUUUAAUAUAUUCUAGCUUAUGUCUUUAAAUUAUGGGGCCUAACCGUCAACUUAUAUAUUGUUAAUUGUUUUUUUUUUAAACUUUUUUUAAUGACUGUAAAAAAAAUGAAUCUUUUUUUCCUGCAGCAGGAAACAUAUAGUUUUAAGUAGUAGGUCUACCUCUCAUUUGUAGAAACUGGCUUUUCUGUAUAAAUGUCUUGUAUACAAUGUGAUUUCUAUUAUAACACAAAUAUUUGUUCUUUAGAUCUCAACGAAUCCUUAGAAUUUUGUACUUAUUUUAAACUGAUCAAUGAAGUCAUUUCAAAGGUAGAAGACAAUGUUUUUUUAAAUGAUGUGAUGAGGGAGGCGGGUUUAACUUAUAAUCCAUUAUUUUAAGUGGUGUGAAGAGUAUUUAUAAGUAUGUAGGCAAUAAUUAAUCAUAGUGACUGGUAACAGGGAUCAAUAAGCAACUAAAGAUGCUAAUUGUUUUACAGAAGAAACAAUUAAUGAUGGUAUUGAAGUAACACUUAAAGCGAAACUCCACAAUUUAUGCUUUAUUAUGGCUAUGUGGUCAGCAGGUGAAAAGUCACAUUUCUUUGUUAUAUAUCUUUAUGCAUUACUUUUGCUGUUUUGACUUAUUUUCAGUCAUUUUGUAAAAAAAAA